CAACAAACUACAUCCGGUCCUCCAAAGCGGCCAUAGCCUAAUGACCACGCGUUACCAUGGAGACAAACAUAAACUGUAAGUAACGUUAGCUAACGGAGUUGAGUCGGCUUUUGAGUGAUAUUCAUCAGAUUAGGCAACUAACAAACUGCCAUUAAGCUUAUAACAAAACAUCAAAUUUUACUUUGGCUUCCUCUGCUCGCUUUUUUGUCUAUUUUUUUUUUUUUUUUGCGAUUUUCAAGAAACAAUGGAAGGGAAAUUGGUGAUAGAAAGUCAGAUCCGAGGAGGAGAUGCCCAGAAAACUUCUGCCAUUACAAAGGAAGCAGCUCAAGAUGACUUGGAAAAUAGCAAGCAAAUGGAAAGCUCACCUCAAGAGAAAAAGGAAAAAUAUUCAUUGCCGCAAAUGACCAAGAAAUUCCUGAAAGACCACUGUAAGCAAAAUAAGCUUUACUCCACACCUUGCCUGAAUGAUACACUGUAUCUCCAUUUUAAAGGUUUCUCCACAAUUGAGAACUUAGAGGAGUACACAGGACUGAAGUGUCUCUGGCUGGAAAGUAAUGGCCUACAGCGCAUUGAGAACCUGGAUGCCCAGGCCGAUCUACGCUGUUUGUUCCUUCAGCAGAAUCUCAUACACAAGUUGGAAAACCUGGAACCUCUGAAAAAGCUCUGCACCCUGAAUGUCUCCAACAACUACAUACACGUCAUAGAGAACAUCUCCUGUCUUCCUGAGCUGAGCACUCUGCAGAUUGCCCAUAAUAAGCUGGAAACUGUGAGGGACAUUGACCAUUUGAGUCAGUGUCCAGCCAUUAGUGUGUUGGACAUGUCCCACAACCUGCUAUGUGAGCCAGAGAUCCUUCCUGUGCUGGAGGCAAUGACAGAGCUAAGAGUGCUGAAUCUGAUGGGAAAUGAGGUGGUGAAAAAAGUCCCAAACUACAGAAAGACCAUGAUUGUGCGCCUCAAGCAGCUCACUUUCCUUGAUGAUCGCCCUGUGUUUCCCAAAGACAGGGCAUGUGCAGAGGCUUGGGCAGUAGGAGGAUUGGAAGGGGAGCGGAAGGAGAGGGAGCAGUGGGAAACAAGAGAGAGGAGGAAAAUUCAGGACAGCUUGGAGGGAAUGGCGAUGAUUCGAAAAAAGGCUCUGGAGAGACGACGCCUUCGAGAGCUACAGGAGAAAGGGGAAACUGAUGCUCCCAGCACUUCAGAGGCUCCUAGUGAGGAAAACAACACCCAGAUUUUCACAUCUUCCCAAGAUGAGAAGAUUGAAGCUUUUGUGCAGGACUGUAUGGAUGCCCAUGAAGAGUUUUUACAGUGUCAGUCAAACCAGGACCUCAGUGAACAUCAGCCAAACAGCGACCGUGGAGAAUCAGAGCAGCUAGGUCAAGUGCUGCAGACAGAGGGGGAAGAGAAAGAUGAGCAGCACCAAUCAGAGAUAGAGCAGUCUGUGAAAGAAGAGAAAGAAAGUGUGAAUCCAGAGGAGUCCGCACAAGAGCAAGAAAGUGCAGCAGGAAAUAUCUUAGAGACAGAGAAAGUAGAAGAUGAUAAGCAACAAGACCAGUCACGUGGAAUCCAGUUCAAGAGAAAUGACACAGUGAGAGAGCAGUGGGAGAACAAACAGCCUCCUCUGGUCAGGGCAACUCCUCCUAAAGCAGACGAGGUCCUACAUGUCCCUGGACCACUGGUCACAGAGCUGGAGGACACAGAGCAGCUGGAAACCAUUCAACUCCAAAGUCGUGAGCUAUGUAUUGAUGACCUGCCUGACUUGGAGGAUGUGAAAACAGAGGAUUUUCCCGGAAUUUUCUCCUCUCAGCAAGUGUUCAAACCAAAAAUAGAAGUAAUAUCAGGAGGCAGCGAUGACGAAGAACCAGUGGGUGUUGAGAGUAACAGCAUGUCCACCUUCGGUUCAGAUAACAAGUCUUUGUUCCUAAUGAGUGGCUGCAACAAAUCAACUGGUGUCUCUUGCAAUACGUCGCUGGUGUAUCCAGAAGAUGAGGACGAUGCCAUUACCCUCCAUGAAAAAUCCAAAACAAAGCAAACCUCAUUUCCACCACGAUGCCUGAUUGAAGAGCUCGACUAAUGCUUUCAAAUUUGAGAGCAUUUUUAACUAGAUAAGCCCUGCCUUAACAGCAGCAGCUUCAAAUAAAACCGAAUGUAAUGCAACCAAAAAAUGUAAAGCUUUAAUUGAAAAAACAUGUAGUCUGUCAAAAUAGUAACAAGAAAUUGUUUAACAUAUGUGUUAAAGAAUUUCAUAGUCCUUGUGUUGUAUGGUUGUCAUUCUUCUGUGGUAACAAUAAAUCGUACCUUUAU